GGUGAUGUCAGCUGAGUUCAGAAAGUAAACAGAGUUCCAGACUGCAGCAUGCUGUCUGCUGGAUGGGAACUGCAGCUGGGGCAAACCCUCAGCGGCACCCGCACAACCCCCUGGACCGGUACUUUUAUCUCUGGGAAGGAGGGCUGGUUCCUCUUCAUCUCCCUCUUGAUAUGCAUCUCCUUACCCCAAGGGACAUCUUGGCCCUACGAUUACAGGUAUUUGUACAAUCACUGCCCCGGCCCUGAGUGGAACGUCAUGUGUAGAGGGUGCUGUGAGUAUGACGUAAUCCGUUGUAAAUGCCCACUCCAGGGGACUCCGGUGGGCUAUGCUGUGCCCUGCUGUCGCAACGCCAUCAAUGACUGUGACCCCUGCAUCAUCCAUCCAGGUUGCAGUAUAUUUGAGAACUGUAAGAGCUGUAACAAUGGGACAUGGGGCCCCAGGGAUGACUUCUUCAUAAAGGGCAAAUAUUGUGCUGAGUGUCGACCUGGCUGGUCUGGUGGAGACUGCAUGACUUGGAAGGCUGCGACAUGCCCAGGAGGCUUUCCAUGGAGAGCUGAACGACAAGAGUGUGGGGGAGUGAUCCAUAAACAACAGGGCCAUUUGUUGCUGGAAGGUUACCCCAACAAUGCUCGUUGUGAGUGGACCAUACAGGUGGACCGCCCCUUCACCAUAGAAAUCAGGUUCAUGAUGCUGAGUCUGGAGUUUCACCACUCUUGUCGUUAUGAUUAUGUGGAGGUCCGAGAUGGUGACAGCAUCAGCUCAGGUGUUAUCGGCCGAUUUUGUGGAAACAACAGACCUGCUCCGAUUCAGAGCUCUGGCAACAGUUUGCACGUACUCUUUGUGUCUGAUGGUUACAAGAAUUUUGAUGGAUUCUUUGCCACUUUCCAGGAAGUCUCUGCCUGUAGCUCCUCUCCAUGCCUUCAUGAUGGGACUUGUGUCCUGGAAAGUUCUUACACUUACCGCUGUGCCUGUCUGGCUGGUUACACGGGCAGGAGGUGUGAAAAUGUGGUGGGAUGCCGCAGGCCUCCGGUGCCCACCCAUGGAUCUACAGAGGGUCUAUUUUACCACUCAGGGGCUCGCAUUACUUUCCGUUGUAACCCUGGGUUUCAACUGCAGGGGAUCCGUACUGCCAUCUGCCUGAGUGAUGGCACCUGGAGCGCACCUGCCCCAGAGUGUGUGCCAGUGGAAAAUGUCUGUGCUCUGCCACCCAAGCCAAAACAUGGGGACCACUUCUUGGUGUAUGGGCCCAAUGAUGUCCUCAUUGCGCUGCAGUACCUGUGUUACCAGCCCUAUGAACUGAGCGGGAGCUCCCAGAGAACCUGUCUCCCUAACAACACUUGGAGUGGCACUGCUCCUAUUUGUACUAAAGUGAAUAAUACUCUCACUGAAGCAGAAAAAAGCAAAGACAAGGCAAACGAGACAGAAAAGAGCAAAGAAACUGAAAAAUUCAGUGACAAAACUAAAGAGAAAGGUCAAAAGAAAAUGGGAGAAAAAGAAACUGUCGGCUGGAAAGAUAUAAACACUCAGCAUGAGAAUACAACAGUAGUCGACAGAAAAGAUAAAUAUACUGGUACCAUUCCAGAGAAAACUGUGCCUGAGGAUAGGAAUGAAGGAGAGCUAGAGGAAAGAAAUACUGGAUCAGAGAAACCCACUCGAGGCAGCAAAGAUAAAGUGGAUAGCAAAGGCCGAGAUAACAGCCUGAACACAAUUGAAAAGAAGGAACCUGAGCUAGUAAAGCCACCAGAAAAAACAGAAAGCAGCCAGGACACAAACUUGGACACAGAAAAGACAGAUAUCACAGAAAUAAUUGUGAUAAAAGACAAAGGACAAGAAGAGAAGGAAAGAAAAGAGGAGCAGGUGAAUGGAAAAAGAGAACUGGACACAGUAGGCCCUAAUGAUACCAAGCUGAGAACGGUCAUAUCUGAGGGUGAGAACACAGUGGAGAUAUUUGAACUGGAAAUGAUGAAGAACAACAACACAGUUACUUAUGAUACAAAGGAGCCAGGGAGGAAAAUCAUUUCCACUAGAAUCAACAUUACACAGUACACCAUGUACAGAGCAGGAGGUGAAGAAGGCGGGAAACCAAGGGAAAAAUCCACAAUCAAAGAGGACACGAUAGACAAAGAGUCUUCUGAGAAAACAAAGAAGGAGCUGGAAAGGGAGCAGGAGGAAAAAGAAAAGGAGAAAGAAGUCAACCAAGUCACUGAGAAAAGUUGCCCACCUCUCCCUCGCAUCUACCAUGGCUACCACCAGGUGGUGCUGGGGCUGGAACCAGAGACAGUGGAGUUUUUCUGUAACCACUCUUAUGCUCUCAGCGGCGAUGUCCGGCGUUCAUGCCAGCCAGAUGGUACCUGGAGUGGCAAACAGCCUCUCUGUGUCAGAGCAUGUCGAGAGCCCAGAGUGUCAGAGCUGGUCAAACAAAGAGUUCUUCCACCGCAGACGCCAUCCAGAAAGACACCUGUGCACAAGCUCUACUCCUCUUUCCUGGGCCGACAGCUCCAGUCUCACGGCCCCACUAAAGGUCCCCCAGUGCUGCCCCAGUUGCCCCAGGGCUUCCACCACCUUUACACACAUAUAGAGUAUGAGUGUGCUUCCGCCUUCUAUCACCACUCUGGCAGUCCUCGCCGCACUUGCCUGAAGACUGGGAAAUGGAGUGGCCGUCAUGUCUCCUGCUCACCAGUGUGUGGGAAGCAUCCAACCUUCGACCCAGAGAGGCCAGCAGAGGCUUACUGGCCUUGGCUAGCAGCCAUCUACCGCCGCUCCACCAUCGGCACAGAGACCAAGGUGAUUAAGGCAGACAGCCAGGCAGGGUCCCUAAAAAAGGAUGGUGCAGCAGGAACUGGAAUUUACAAUGAGGCUUCUGACUGGCAGCUGGUGUGCAGUGGGGCUCUGGUGAACCAAAGGAGUGUGGUGGUUGCAGCUCACUGUGUGACAGACCUGGGAAAGGUGUAUCCCCUAGAUUCAGCCGUGAUAAAGGUGGUUGUGGGGAAGCACUAUCGUGAUGACGGCAGGGAAAGCAAAGUUCUCCAGCACCUGAGGGUGGCCUCCAUUGUAGUUCAUCCAAACUACGACCCCAAUAUUCUCGACUCUGACAUAGCUGUGGUCAAGUUAAUGGACAAAGCGAGGAUUGGGGAGAAGGUCCUGCCCCUCUGCCUCUCAGAAAGCCAGAAAGAAGAGAUGACCUCUGGACAAGGGCUUGUGACAGGCUGGUCGCCACUGCCUGAUUCAAGUUUAGGCCCUGAUGAGAAGGCAAGAGUUGGGCUCGUUCAUCUUACUGAUGUGGUCCCAUGUGAGCAGCAGUAUGCUCGAAAUGGCUUGCCAGUCAGUGUCACAGACAACAUGCUCUGUGCAAGUCAGAAGCCUGACUACAAACCCUCUAACAUAUGUCCCUCUGACACUGGGGGAAUCCUAGUCCUCCCCGCUGUCUCUGAGAUCCAAGCCAGCAACAAUCGGAAUCCCUCUGUCAGCGAUACACAGGUGCAGGGGGAGAGCAAAGGGCAGUGGACACUUCUGGGACUGGUGAGCUUUGGCUAUGACCAAGGGGAGUGUGAUCCUGACCUCUACACUGUCUAUACACAUGUGGCCAAAUUCAAAGACUGGAUACAGAGUAAUAUGAAAUAAGAAUCCUACUGUUUCAUUCACCUUGUCCCUUCCAUGCUUCCAGAAUAUUUAAAGACCUUUGUAUCUUACCAUUGUCUCCCAUAUUUUUGCCCGCUUUCAAUCUGCUGCACCUCUGUAAACCUUUUGUCUUAGUCACAUGCACAAGGGCAUUUUGUUACUGGAUGCAGAAGCAACACUGGACAACACAGUGCUCUAACUGAAGGGGUACUAACACGUUAGAUGUGCUGGGCAUCGACCUUCAGAAGACUUUGGUGUUCAGGUCCCUCAGUCUGAGGUUAUGGACUUCAAAUGAGCAGAAAACGAUUUCAAGCCUCUUGCAGAUGAUGGUUUGUAUUGUACCCACUGAUAUGUACUGUAUAUUGUAUAUGUUGCACUUGACUGAAUUAUUCUAUCAGUUAAUUUGACUUGCGAGAUGUACAUAUUGUACCGAAAGACAGAAAAAUCAUGGAGUUUUCAAUUAAAGAAAAUAUG